AUGGCUGAUUCUGCCGAUCUCCCUGACCGCAAACCCCGCAAGUCGGUCCAAUUUUCCGAAGGUGCUACGAUUGUCGACAGCAACGGCGACGUUACCGAAUCACUAGAGAUGAACGGCGACAAGGACUCCGCUGAGGGCCACGCCGCGAGUGCUGGCGACGACAAAGAGGUCGAGGAGGUCACCGACAUGUUCGCUGAUCUCGCAAAGAAGAAGAAGAAGAAGUCCUCCAAGAAGAAGGAAGGAGAGGAAGAGGACGGCGCCGAGGGCGACUUCGCCGCGCUGAAGAAGAAGAAAAAGUCCAGCAAGAAGAAGGUCGAGGACGACUUCGAGGCCAAGCUCGCUGCCGCCGGCGGCGACAAGCCCGAAGGCGAGGAGGAGGUCGCUGCUCCCGAACCCGAAGUACAAGAAGGCGACAUGAUGAAGGGCACCGGCAUCUGGGAACACAACUCGACGACCCCCAUUUCGUACAAUCUCCUCCUGAACCGCUUCUUCACGCUCCUCCACGCACAACAUCCCGACCUCGCCAGCUCGGGCACAAAGAGCUACAAGAUCCCGCCCCCACAGUGCAUGCGCGAAGGAAACAAGAAGACCGUCUUCGCCAACCUUGCCGAGAUUUGCAAGCGUAUGAAGCGUUCCGACGAGCACGUUGCUCAGUUCCUGUUCGCCGAAUUGGGUACGAGCGGUUCAUUCGCCGAUCAGAAGCGCCUGGUCAUCAAGGGUCGUUUCCAGCAGAAGCAACUCGAGAACGUCCUCCGACGAUACAUUGUCGAAUACGUUACCUGCAAGACCUGCCGUUCGCCCGACACCGACCUUUCCAAGGGUGAGAACCGUCUCAACUUCGUCACCUGCAACAGCUGCGGAUCGAGACGUUCGGUACAGGCUAUCAAGACUGGUUUCUCGGCCCAGAUCGGAAAGAGGCGGAGAAUGGUGGGUUAG